AUGAGUGUCAACUUCGGUAUCAAUAAUAAUAAUAAUAAUACUAAUAAUAAUAGUCACAGCAAUCCUAAUCCUACCAUCAAUGCUACCACCAAUGGUUCAGGUGCUGGCAAUAAUAAUAAUAAUGGUGUGUCGAAAGCCAUACAAGAGGCCAGCGAUAGGAAAGCCCGGAAACUAACAUUUUACAAGAAUGGCGAACCGUUCAGUGCGGCCACUACGGUGUCGAUACUGCCGGGCCGUGAUUUCAGGACAAUGGACCAGUUGUGCCAGUAUUUGACUGAACGGGUAAAAAUUGCCAACGGUGUCCAAUUUAUAUUUACAUGCAAUGGUCAUCGGGUAUUGACGCUCAAUGAACUGGAACAUGGCCAGAGUUAUGUAGUAUCGGGCAGCAAAACAUUUCAGUCGUUCAAUAAGAUCGGUUACGGCCAGAUUGGCGGUCGGCCGCCGAAAGUACUCAACGGUAAUCAGGCAAUGAGCGAAAAGGCCCGGGCGUUUCGCGAGGAUGACCUGAAACUGUUGAGACCGUUGUCGUCGAAAUUCAAUACAAUCUAUCAUAAUAUUACCGAACCGAUCAAUACCUCGUACAGAGAGGGCCGGAUUAUUACGAUUGUCAACAAUAAGGAUCAUAAGCUCAGGUCACGGGUAUUGUUGAAUCUGAAAAGUCCCAAAUCGUUUGAUAUUAUUUUGAAAGACUUGGGCCAAGCCGUCCGUAUUAAGAAUGCUAAGCGAAUGUUCACCGCUUCCGGACACGAGGUUAGAAGUGUAUCACAACUUAAACGAGAUAUGGUUGGCAUUGAUUUGUUUUAUUUGGACUCAAAUCCAACCGAUAAUAAUAAUAAUAAUAAUAAUAAUAAUAAUACAUCAAAGUUGUCACAAAAUCAGCUUAAAUCUCAUUCAUUGGACGCUUUAAAUAGUAUCAGUGCUUCCAAUCAUUACUAUAAUACUAAUACUAAUAAUACUAAUGGUUUGCAUCGGAAUGUCAUCAUCAAUGGUAUCUCAAGAAACGGAUCCACUUCUGAUGUCAAUUCAUCAAACAAACGGUCCGAUUCAAGCAUCCUAUCGGACAUAAACCCGAGUCGUCGGGGAGAGUCAUCUCUUAGCGAACGGUUUAGUCUUAAUAUGGAACCGAUGAAUGGCAUCGGCGGCGGUGACCACAACUUCAGUGGUCUGAACGGCGAUUCCAAGUCAUCGGAGACACAAACAUCGCCAGAGUUUGUCCGUUUCAGUCGUCUGAAUACAUAUGAAGAUAGUGUCAAACAGUCGCAUCUCAUGAACUAUUUAACCAAUCGGUCGUCACAGUCACCGCCGUUGACCAGUCCGACACAUAUACAUAUACACCAUAACAAUGAUCAUCAUCAGCACCGUCAUCAUCAUCAUCAUCAUCGCAACAGUCAUACAUUAAUAGAGGGACAGUUAGUUGUCGACAAUUUUGAUACACAAAAAAAUGUCAUUCAAUUUAUAGAUAAUUCAAAGUCAAAUCCCGAGUUUAUUAAUAACAAAGACGACGACAAGAUUAUCAUCAAAACAAAGCUGAAAAAGACUAAGAAGAAGACACCAGAAGAUGGUUCCAAUGGUUUGCCUAAAGUUAAAAGUUUUGUUGGCGGCAACAAACAGUUUGUCAAUGAUAUCAAUAAUAAUACUAAGAAUAACAACGAAAUGAUUGACUCGAGAAGGGAUGUCCUCCAAGAGUACGCCGAAACACUGCUAAGAGAGACAGCAUUUCUUGUUCAAAGCGAAAGCAUGAGAGAAGACGCGACUGUCGAUGAAAAGAUCAAUCAUAUGACUGAUAUGACCGCUGAGGUAAUCAAAAGUCCGCACAAGAGUCCGCUAAAGACAUGGCAGUCGUCGGCGUCGAAACAGUUAUCACCGCAACUAUCGCCACAACAUCAACAUCAACGACAACAACAACCAUCGUCACCAUCAAAGUCAUCAGCACUGCUCACACCGAUGGCCAGCGUUUCGAGAGCUCAAUCAAAGAACGAGAUUUACGAAAACGAAAUGAAAGGCAAACUGAAGAAGAAAUCAGCCGAAGAAGAGGAAGACGACGACGAGUUGGAUGAUAAAGAAGUGCCAAAAACAAGUGAACGAAAGUCUGUAUUUAGUAGUACUCCGUCUCCGUUCAGAAAAGUUCAGAUACAGACACCGCCGCCGUCGUCGCAGUCACUGAUGCCAGUGAUGUCGAUGCCGACAGCAGACACUUACCAUAACAAACGAUUACAACAUCAAAACACUUUGAAAAAUCCAUUGGAAUAUCUGAAAACCGGUGUCAAUGUUCCCGACAGAUGUCUUGAGCUUCAAAAAAUACACGGGUUUUGCGGUAAUAACGGGUUUCAUAACCUGUUUAUUCUGGCCAACGGUGAGUUGGCUUUCUAUGUGGGAACAGUUGCCGUCUUGUGGAACCCUGAGGACAAUGUCCAACGAUUAUAUACAUUGCAUACAUACGAUAUCAACAGAAUGGCUGUACGUAAGGCCCGAAGUAUUGUGGCCACCAGUCAGGAGGCGGGAAAGGGUGAACCGUUUGCCAUGGUGAGGAUAUGGUCGGCCAAAGAUUUGCGGACAAUUGCUGUACUGAAGCAAAACAUUUUCGGUACAGUUAUAUCGGCAAUGGAUAUCUCAAUAGAGGGUUCUCUACUAAUUAUAAACAGUGAAAAACAACUCAAUAUAACAAUCUGGGACUCAAAGGGCACGGAAAUACUUAACAGUUCAAAAAAAGAUCUAAAAGGAGGCGAAACCUUAUUGGGCGCAGCAUUUCAUCAGUCAGAGGACGAUAUUCUGGUUACUUAUGGUAACAAACAUCUGGCUAUUUGGCAGCGAAAACGUGACGGAACUAUUGACAGCCGCAAUGCCAUCAAACCGGACUCAAAAAUCAACAAAACUAUCAAUUGUGUGGACUUUUUACCCGAUCAUAGCCUACUGAGUGGCGACACAACGGGAACGUUGACCAUAUGGGCGCCGGUAGAGGACGACAACGGUUUACUAGAGUUUGUCGUCAAAGAAGUCAAAGGACAUGAAGCAUCGAUAACAUGUCUUCAAUUGAUACAAAAUAAUAUACUAAUCACUGGCGAUAUGGAUGGCACUGUUAAGACAUGGGAUGCCAAUGAUGAACAGUUUAGGCUAUUGAAUGCCAUUAAAUUACCGCCGACCAGCGGAGCCAUUAGCUCCAUAACCCGUGUCCACUACCCGAACGCCGAAAGCGAUGCCAUCGAGAUAUAUAUCGGCACUUCGAUGAAUAUGAUAUUAAGAGGAUCGGCACUUCAGGCUACCAAUUAUACUGUGAUUUUUGAGGGACACUCGUUGGCCGUUAGAGGUCUGGCAGUUGAUCCCAGAGACGCCUGUUUUUAUAGUUCAGCCCUCGACCAGAAAGUUUGCAAAUGGAAUGAAAUGCAUCUGAUUUGGAGGACAACCACCGAAAGUCAAUGUGUAUCGGCAGCCGUACAUCCCAGCGGUGAAGUGCUGGCCAUCGGGUCGGUAUCAGGCGUUAUAUACGUAAUGAGUGCCGCCGACGGCACAAUCAUAUCGCAGCUUCCCGUUUCAAAAGUAUGCAUCGGAUGUCUGGCCUAUUCGGCCGACGGCGAUCUAAUGGCCGCCGGCUGUCAGGACGGAAUACUAUACAUAUUACCCGUUUUGGAUAACGGGUUGUCUUAUGAAAAAGUUUCCGUUUUAAAAGGUCCGUUUCCCAUAUUAAGUCUUCAAUGGUCUACUGAUAAUCAAUUUAUAUUGACAUCAGUUAACGAAAAUAAUUAUCAGGAAUUACUACUUUGGGAUUUACCCAAUUGUCGUUAUAUGAAAGGGUUGUCAAAUUUUGCCGAAUCCAACAUCAAUUGGUUUGAUCCCACUUGUAGUGGCAGUGAAGAUGUUAGAGGCAUUUGGGACAACCAUUACCUUCAGGAUGUGGUCAAUCUUAGCUGUCAUUGUUCGCCAACUACCAGAUAUCUGGUCAGCGGCGAUGAAGACGGUGUACUCAGAUUGUUUGGCUACCCGUGCACCGAUUCAAAGGCGGCUUUCUUUGAGUAUAAACAAGGAGGCGGCAGUAUUACCGAAGCCAGGUUUACGCCCAAAGAGGAUAUGGUUGUAUCCGGUAAUUAUUCCGGGGCUCUGUUUGUCUAUAAAUGUCUACAACUGGAGCUGACAACCACUAUGGAGUAA